GCGUGCGUUGACAUUACUUCCGGCAAAGGAUUAGCUACGUUUCUCCGAACUAGUCCGAAGAUGCGAGGAUUGUAUGGCUUCACUGUUGUACCUCUACUUCUGGCGCUCUUUGUAGGACAUAAUACUUUUGUUACUGCACAGCAGUGUUCUGAGGAUGGAGAAGUUAGGUUGGUCGGCGGAGAAAAUGUGAACCAGAGCGGAGUCAGGGGGAGAGUGGAGAUUUGCAUCAAUCACCAGUGGGGUACUGUGUGCAGUGAUGACUGGGGACUGUUAGAGGCCCGAGUUACCUGCCGGCAAAUGGGAUUUGAUUAUGCUGUCCCUAUUGCUGAAUAUGGUGGAGGCUCAGGCAAAAUUCACUCCUUUUCAUGUGUUGGGGAUGAAACUCAUCUUGGUAACUGCAGUGGUGAUAUGGACAUUACCUACUGUGGUCACAGCGAAGAUGCUGGAGCAAUGUGUUCAGAUUUUGCUGAGUGUAAUGAGACUGGUGUUAGACUGGUUGAUGGAGUGACUCCUGAUGAUGGAAGAGUGGAGAUAUGUCUGGGUGGGGUGUGGGGCUCAGUAUGUGACGAUACAUGGGACAUCAGAGAUGUCAGAGUAGUGUGUCGACAAUUGGGCUACAACGGAACAUCUAUUCCCCUGUUAUCCUAUCCUGUGAUUUCAAGUAAUGGCUCAUUAUUCUAUCAUCUGGAUGAAGUAGACUGCACUGGAGAUGAAACGUUGCUAAGUGAUUGUGAACAUGGUGGGCUAGGUAUUCACGAUUGUCGAGUAAGAUUUGAAGAAGCUGGAGUUAUAUGCAACGCCACUGUAGAGUGCAAUGAGACUGGUGUUAGACUGGUUGAUGGAGUGACUCCUGAUGAUGGAAGAGUGGAGAUAUGUCUGAGUCGGGUGUGGGGCUCAGUAUGUGAUGACUUGUGGGAUGUUAGAGAUGCCAGAGUAGUGUGUCGACAACUGGGCUACUACGGAAUAUCCUUUCCACUACAAAGUCAUCCUGUGCGUAUGAAUGAUUCCAUACUAUUUUAUCAUCUGGAUGACGUGGAAUGUAGAGGAAAUGAAAAUAUGCUGAGUGAUUGUGGCCAUGAAGGGAUUGGGGUUCAUAAUUGUUUUGUAAGAUUUGAAGAAGCUGGAGUUAUUUGCAGCGAUGCAGUAAUAAUUGAUGGCCCUAAAGGUGUUGAGGAUUCUCUAGUGUUUAUGGGUCAGGUGACAUGUAGAGGCUCUGAGAAAUACUUGAAUGAGUGCAUACCUGACAUCAUGCCACUAGCUGGAGGAGGCUGCAGCAGAGCAGCUAUUUCAUGUGGAAAAAGCUCGAAUCAGCCGAAAUGUACCCGGAACGACAGUGUGUUAUUGAGUGAUGUUUAUAAGAGCUAUGGAGAGUGUUCAGUAUACAAGUGGGAAACUGCUGUAUGUGAAGGUGUGGUGAGACGUGGGAUUGACAGCGUGUAUGCCAGGUCAAGGCUGGGAGACCAGAGCACCAUUGCUCAACUACUCAAUGAGAGUAUCAAGGAUGUGGAGAGAUUAAUUGCUGACCACGCUGAUUCCUGUGUCGACCAAGUGUUCAGAGCUCUCUGCAAUUUCUAUCUCCCUCCCUGUGGUAAUGCAACCCACCCUGUCCCUCCCUCCUCGAUCUGUCAAACAGAGUGUGAGAUGGUGCUGCAAAAUUGCCAGACAACAUGGGAUGCGGUUAUGUUGGCCUUUAAGACCGUAGAUCCGAUACCCGACUGCAAUGAUACCUCAAGGCUCCUGUUUCCAGUCCCAAACUGCUGCACUGGAGCUGGGCUAGGUAACUUUGACCAGGAGGAUGUAGAGAGGUUUGUGGAGGAGAGUUUGAAGAUGAGUCGGUUCAAACAUGCUCACGUGAUGGGUCUCAUUGGAGUCUGUCUCGAUGCUGGCUCUGCCCCCUUCAUUAUCAUGCCUUACAUGGCCAACGGAAGCCUUCUGAAGUAUCUCAAGAGAGAGAGAAAGAAUGUCGUCCUUUUAGAGGAAACUGAUGAAGAUGAGGUGAAGGAGGUUCGUAAGCGACUGAUGGUCAUGUGUUUGCAGAUAGCCAGUGGGAUGGAGUACCUGGCCAGUAACAAGAUUGACACCCACUUCCAGAUCAAGAUUACCGACUUUGGUCUGUCGGAGGAUGUGUUUGAGAGGAACUACUUCAGACAGGACAGUGGGUGUGGGGAGGUGGUGAAGCUGCCCGUCAAGUGGAUGGCUCCUGAGAGCCUCAAUGACAGACACUUCUCUGAGAAGAGUGAUGUGUGGUCCUAUGGAGUGACAAUGUGGGAGGUAUUCAGUGGAGGGAAGGCUCCAUAUCCUGCUACUGAUCUUCUCACUCUCAUGCAGAGUUUAGAGCAAGGCCACCCAAUGCCACAGCCAUACAAUGCUGCCUGCAGUGAGGAAAUCUUUGGGAUCAUGGGGCAAUGCUGGCAGAUGGAACCAAGGGACAGACCAACUUUCAAAGAAAUCUGCUCUACUCUUUCAAAGUUCAUUGAGUGUGAAGCUGGCUACCUGCAGUUUGGGUUCAGCCCCUUCACUGAUGGAGGAGAAGGAGGAGGGGGAGAGGUAGAAGGAGGGGAGGAAGGAAGGAGGAACAAUGAGGAUGAGAAAGAGGAAAAAGAGAAGGAGUUCAUCUAG